AUGGAGGCAUUCGCCAUGUUUGCAACCGGUUUACCACAACCGGAGGCCGUUUCAGAACCCGUCGCCGAACCUGAAAUCGUUCAAGAAGUCAUCGCCAUUCCAGAACCCACUCCCGUACUAGAGGAGACAGUUGUUCCAGAGACCACCACACAACCGGAGGACGUUCCAGAAUCCACGACCACCAGUCCGGAACCACCCACAACAGGGGAUCGUGAAGACGACUCAGAUCUGGUCACAGGGUUGGAAUUGUUGGCUGUGAACGAACCAAGGUUAGACUCUGCAACUGAGGGGGAAACCCUUAUUUCGAUUAGUGUUUCCGAGGGGGUGAAUCCCGUACUCGCCAGUGAGGAAUGUGUUGAGAGAGAUGUUCUGAAACCGUCUGGGGAAGUCAAAGAUUUUGUUGUUGAUGUUAGUAUUUCUGAGGCCCCUAUAGUUGGUAAAGAUGAGGGCGACGAGGCCCUAAAUUCUGAACAAAAUAUUCAGGAAUCUUUUCUGAAAUCCGCAAGCUAUCCAAUUCAAAUUCAUCUACCAGAUAAAAUGGGAAGUGAUGGCAUGAAUUUUGACUCUGUGGAAGUAGCAAAGGAUCAUCACUUCAUUAACCAUACAUCUCAGAAAACCAACAAUGCCAAGAUCAUGAGGGAAUGGAGAAUCCUAGAAGGAAACCUCCCAGAUUCCAUCCAUGUCCAGCUCUACGAAACGAGGAUCGAUCUGCUUCGCGCAGUCAUCGUUGGCCCCGCUGGAACUCCAUACCAUGACGGCCUCUUCUUCUUCGACAUCUUCCUGCCAUCCGAUUACCCCAACGUUCCACCACAAGUGUAUUAUCACUCACACGGCUACCGUUUGAAUCCCAAUCUCUAUCAAACCGGCACUCUUUGCCUAAGCUUGAUCAACACAUGGAGUGGCACAAAACAAGAAAAGUGGACUAAUUCAUCCACCAUUCUCCAGCUCCUUGUCUCAAUCCAAGGCCUUGUGUUGAACUCAAGGCCUUAUUUCAACGAGCCUGUCUUCGCGCCAUUGAAAAACACGAAGAACUCUAUGUGGGUGAAGCGUUCCAAUCGCUACAACGAGAAUGCCUUCAUCCUCUCCUGCACCACUAUGCAAAAGAUCAUCAAACGCCCGCCACAGAAUUUUGAGAGCUUUGUGGUUGAGCAUUUUCGACAGCGUGCUGCCCCGUUGAUACAAGCCAUUGAUCGUUAUCAUCAAGGCCGUGUGGCGGUUGGCGAGUUAGGCAUGACAUCACCAUCCUCUUUAGCUUCUAAAGUUACUCUUUCUGCAAAUUUCAACAUCGAUUUGGAACGGAUUCGAGGCCAACUUGAGCAGGCCCUCGCCUCCCAUUCCAUUCCCAUUCCGGCCAAGCCUAUUGCUGCUGCUAAGUCUGAGAAGAAGGAUGAACACCGUAAAAAGGGGCUUCUCGGUCGAAUCAAUAGCUUUGUUCUCAACAAGAUUUGGAAAAAGAAACAAGUGAAGAGCAGUGCAAUAGAGAGAAAAUGAUACAAUGAU